AAAAAAAACAUCGUCCUUCGCCAGCUACAGUUUAGGGCUGGACCCGAGGACUGUGCAUACCACGUCUUCACAUUAGCAAGAAGGAAAGACUCGAGAAAGAAACAGCAAAUACAUUUAGACAAGCGCGUAAAGAAAGGGUUUAAGAAAAGUUUAAAGAAGUAACGAAAACAAACAAACAAAGUUUUGCGCCGCGGGUGGUUCGAUGAGGAAAUGAAAUAAAAAAAAUAAAAUAAAAAAUAGGGCUGUUUUUUUAAUUUUUUUUUUUUUUUUAUAUUUUUUUUUUGUUUUUUUUUUUUUUUUAAUUUAUUUAUUGUUUUACACUUCGACUAAACACGGUUUAAAUCGGUAAAAGAAACGGAUUCAAGGAUGUGUAAGAUAUUAAGCGCUAUUCAAGCCGGGGUAUUGCUUUGCUUUUUAGGACAAUAUUUUAUUUCUAACACAACUGCAGAGUCAAGAGAAAACUUUACACCAGAGGUCUGGCUGCAGCAGUAUGGGUACCUGCCCCCGGGUGACUUGCGUACCCACGCUGCCCGCUCUAAGCAGACUCUCUCCUCCGCCGUCGCGGACAUGCAGAGGUUCUACGGCCUCCGAGUGACCGGCGUCUUUGAUCCAGAGACUGUCCAAGCGAUGCAGAGACCGCGCUGUGGAGUCCCUGAUAAAUUCGGCUCCGAAUUAAAAACCAACUUGAGGAGAAAACGCUACGCUAUCCAGGGGCUGAGGUGGAACCACAAUGAAAUCACCUUCUGUAUUCAAAACUACACUCCGAAGGUGGGAGAGUCCAGGACAUUUGAAGCAAUCCGCCAUGCGUUCCAGGUCUGGGAGAGUGUCACGCCUCUACGCUUCAGAGAAAUCCCCUAUCACCUGAUCAGGGACAAGCACGAGAAGUUCGCUGACAUCAUGCUGAUGUUCGCCGAUGGUUUCCACGGCGACAGCACCCCCUUCGAUGGGGUGGGUGGCUUUCUGGCCCAUGCGUACUUCCCCGGCCCGGGCAUAGGAGGCGACACUCACUUUGACUUCGCCGAACCCUGGACUGCGGAAAACUCUGACCUGUCUGGUAACAAUGUGUUCCUGGUGGCGGUUCAUGAGUUAGGCCACGCCCUCGGCCUGGAACAUUCCAACGACCCGUCAGCGAUCAUGGCGCCUUUCUACCAGUGGAUGAAUACGGAGAACUUUGAACUGCCGGAUGACGACCGCAGAGGAAUACAACAGCUGUACAGUACCUCAUUGUUCCCAAGGCCCCCACACUCCCCCCGAACCCCCAACGGGGGGCCCCCCGGGGGGCCCCCCGGGGGAACCCCGAGCGGGCCCAACGUGUGCGAGGGAGGCUUUGACACCCUCCGCAGGGCGUGGUGUGAAUUGAUCUCUUUUAUUUGCGUGUCUUCACAGAAUGAGUGGCUGUGGCGUGUCCGGGAUAACCGCGUGUUGGACGGAUACCCGCUCCUGAUUGGUCAGUUCUGGAGAGACCUGCCCGCCUCCAUCGAUAGCGCCUACGAGAGAGGGGACGGCAAGUUUGUGUUCUUCAAGGGUGACAAGCACUGGGUGUUCUCCGAGUCCAGUCUGGAGCAGGGCUAUCCCAAGAGCCUCCGGGAUUUGGGGAAAGGGGUUCCCAAAGACCGGAUUGACGCUGCGCUGUUCUGGCUUCCCAACGGAAAGACCUACUUCUUCAGGGGGAACAAAUAUUACCGUUUCAAUGACGAAAUGAAAGCCGUGGAUUCGGACUAUCCCAAACCUAUUAGCGUUUGGGAAGGAAUUCCGGAUUCUCCCAAAGGAGCGUUUAUGGGAAGCGAUGGAGUGUACACCUACUUCUACAAGGGAAACCGCUACUGGAAAUUCAACAACCAGAAGCUGAAGGUGGAGCCGGGCUACCCGAAAUCCGUCCUGCGGGACUGGAUGGGCUGCGAUAGCGAGGACAAAACCGGCCGAGGCGAGACGGAGGUGCUCAUCAUCGAAGUGGAGGAGAAGUCGGACCGCGGGGUGAAUGCAGCGGCCAUCAUUAUCCCAGUGCUGCUCCUGAUCUGCGUGCUCGCAGCCCUGGGGGCCCUCAUUUUCUUCCGUCGUUAUGGGACUCCUCGACGCUUGCUGUACUGCAAGAGAUCCUUGCUGGACAAGGUCUGAGGCAACACUUUAAAAAAGGAAAAAUAAAAACCAAUCCACCCCCCCCCCCCC